ACACUGGAGGAGAAAAGCUCAACAUCUUCAGUCAUCCUCUCCUGGUUCUCGCCAACUACUGCAGUCAUGAAUGUAGGUAUCUGCGUGUGUGUUCUCCUGGCUGCUUUGUCCAGUGGUUCCUUGAGUCUGCCCUCACACGCCAUGUCACAGAGAGCUGAGGGUGAGGCUCUCUCGUCAGACAGCCUGCCUCAAUACCACACACGCCAGGCCCGCUCAGCUCCAGCACCCCCCUCAGGGCAGCUACCCAACUACAACCAACCCCAGGAGGACGCAGACGCCCAAAACAGCCUGAGCCAGCUCCUGGCCAGACUCAUCUCCAGAAAAGGCUCUCCCUACCAGACCAGAUCAUCCCUCACCAGCAGAGCCAGUGGUCUAGCCCCCGGCCACAGGAUAAAGGACAGAGAUUACCUUGGCUGGAUGGACUUUGGACGACGCAGUGCAGAGGAGUAUGAGUACUCCUCCUAAAGGCAUGGCUUGCUUGAGUUACAACCCACAACACCGUCAAUAAAAGCCCCCCAAAAUAAUAAGCCCUUUUCACACUGCACUUACUGUAACCAAGGGGCUGACUUGACUGGAGCCUAGAAUGAGCUAAGCAUCAUUAUAUAAGCAGAAAAAGUCCAAAAGGAAUAUCCUGCAAUCAGUGGACCUUUGAUCUCCUUGAAUCUCCAUGCUGAAGUAAAGAACACUUUUCUAAUCACUCCCCACAGUAUGUCAGAAUUAUAUUUAAGCACAAAAUUGAAAGGAUGAGGCUGAAAAUAUUCUAUAUGGUUGUUAUUGUAAGGGAAUCCUAAAACCAACAGUGAGUUAGUCCAUUUCUCUGUCUGUGGCUCCCAUUGGCUCUUAUUGAAGCUAUAAAUCAUUAAAAACAAAACGCAAAUGCAUAGUUUUAUCCAAAUACAGGGAUGUGUAUUCGUAACAAACUAUUUUAAGCAGUAGAUUGAUACAGAUUUGGUGCUCUAGUAAAUAUUUCUGGCUGCAGGAAGGUGUAUGUGGGAUUGAGACAAAAUAAACUACAGUGUGUGUCAUAGUAAUGAAGGGCACGUCAACCAGUGCAACUGUGGCCCAUUUAUAGAUUUUAAAUUUAAUUCAUUGUUGGUAUUAGUGUUUUCAUUUAUUUGCUGACAAUAAGAAAAAUAUAGAACCCAACAGGAGUCAAACACAAGGUAAUUUUCUAAAGUUAACAGCUCAGCAGACUCUUAAGCAACAUUGACCAAUAUCAGUUUUUUAAUGGAUAUAAUUAAUAAAUAGAGGAAGUAACUGACAAUCAAGCAAGAAGUUCCUCUGAAUCUAAAUUUCAGCCUCAUAUCAGUGAGAAACCAGUGUCUUAGGACUCAAAUAUAUGUCACUCGCAUUUUAAUGACAAUUCAGAAUGUAUUGAAGGUCUUACAGUGGACCUUAAUGAGCCACCUAGGGGUCUUUAGCAAAUUGGACCAAAAGUUGGAUUUAAGUCUGUAUCUUUGAUUGGUACCUUAACGUUCUCAGCUAAGUGCACAGUAAAAAGUAUUUUCAUAUAAUAGCAACUGCAACUGCGGAAAACAACAGUAUGAUACAACAUUAAAAAUCUAGCUGAGGUUAAAAUCAUAGUAUCAGUAUGGAGUGAGUAAGAUUGUCUCUGGAUGGGGGGGUUGAAACACCCCUACCCUGCCUGCUGACGGUAACCCUGGGCUAAACAUGUGCAGUGUGAAAAGCAUGAGAUAUGUUUUAGGAAGCACAAGGUGUUGUCUGCUGUAUAUGCUUGGGAGUCUCCCUAUCAUUGCAUAAUGGACCUUGGUAGCAGAUAAAUCAGGAUUACAAGUACUGUAGAUAUGAAUAGAAGAGUGUUUUUGUUCUUUUUUGAAAGAUUACUAUAUAUGUAUGUAUGCAUUCUUGAAGGUUAAGUCUGUGUAACACAUAAUAUGUUUCUACAAACUUUCAGAUUCAAUAAAAAUCAAAAUAAAGCUCCAUUUUCCUCUGAUGUCAGCAAGAAAUGCUAAUGCAUUUGUUUGGGAUUAUGAUGUUAUUAUGUUUCGAGGGCACAGUUGGUGGGCUGAUCCCAAGCUUUUUAUGUAGCUGCUGCUUGUGUUCAGGAGUGUUAGCAGAGAAAUACUGGACUGUCUGUGUGUCCUUCCACAUGAGCAUUUUCCUGUAUCCUGAGCAGGGUGUAAAUUUAACUAAUCCUGUUUUAAAAGCAGCUCUGAAACACAACUUAAAUUUCAAUUUGAUCUGAUUCAUGGCCAGUAAUGUUAGUGCGUUAGUAGUGCUGUAAAGAACAACAUAUCUGUCCUCCUGGAAAAUAAAACCAAGCUUUGAUACACUGCAGGCAGUGAAGGGAUACUUGCACGCAUGAUUUUAUGCCUACAGGUGAAUUAAAUCAAAUGCUAAUGAAGAGCAAAGACCAAAAUGGUGGACAUCAAGUGGAAGUGAAGGAAUCUCUGCCACACAGCUGAACAUAAACCUGAAUGCACACAGUUGUAGAAAAAAAAAUAAUCAAAUCAAGCUUUUCAUUUGGACAUAAAAACAACUUGUUUUCUCCAGAAAACAGAUGAUCAUGUAUCUGAUGUAAAUUUGUAAAAUGGAUAUGAAGCAAUAUAAAUGUAUGUGUAUGAUUUUUGAUGAAAACAACACGAGAAGAGAAAGUUAUUUCUGUUGGGUUGUUUUUGUUUGUGAUUUAUCAAUAAAUCUG